UUUUUAUAUUUCCGCUUCCGGGUAAAAAUGUCUCCUCAGAGGUAAAUAGUGACUGCGGCCUUCUUUUGCUUAGGUUAAGGUUUGUAGAAGACGGCGGCUCAUUGUUUACGACGAAAAGCCUUGAGGAUGCUUUCCCUAUCGAGUAUAUUGGCUGGUGUGGCAGGGCGAGGUCUGGUUGCAGCCAAUCAGGGGAUCCUAGCGGUUCUGACACGGUUAAACAGCACCACCCAGCAGGGAGAGCCAAAGAAGACAAAGUUUGGUCCUUUAAGUGAUCAGGAUCGCAUUUUCACCAACCUUUAUGGCCGACAUGACUGGAGGCUGAAGGGAGCCUUGAAACGUGGUGAUUGGUACAAGACCAAGGAGAUCCUGCUGAAGGGGGCCAACUGGAUCCUCAAUGAAGUGAAGAUCUCAGGUCUGCGGGGGCGUGGAGGGGCUGGCUUUCCCACUGGCAUGAAGUGGGGCUUUAUGAACAAGCCCAGUGAUGGCAGGCCAAAGUACCUGGUGGUGAAUGCCGAUGAGGGUGAGCCCGGCACAUGUAAGGACCGUGAAAUCAUGCGGCAUGACCCCCACAAGUUGGUGGAGGGCUGCCUGGUUGCGGGCCAUGCCAUGGGGGCACGUGCCGCCUAUAUCUACAUCCGUGGAGAAUUCUACAACGAGUCGUCCAACCUACAGGUGGCGAUUAACGAGGCCUAUGCUGCUGGUCUGAUUGGGAAGAAUGCCUGUGGCUCUGGAUAUGACUUUGAUGUGUUUGUGACCCGCGGGGCGGGAGCGUACAUCUGCGGCGAGGAGACUGCACUUAUUGAGUCCAUCGAGGGCAAGCAGGGCAAGCCCAGGCUGAAGCCGCCUUUCCCAGCUGACGUGGGUGUAUUUGGCUGCCCCACAACAGUGGCAAAUGUGGAGACAGUUUCUGUGGCACCUGCCAUCUGCCGUCGUGGUGGCAUGUGGUUUGCGAGUUUCGGCAGGGAGCGGAACUCUGGAACAAAGCUCUUCAACAUCUCUGGUCACGUGAACAAUCCCUGCACGGUGGAGGAGGAGAUGUCCAUUUCUAUGAAGGAACUGAUAGAAAGACAUGCAGGUGGAGUUCGUGGUGGCUGGGACAACUUGCUAGCUGUCAUCCCUGGAGGUUCCUCCACACCCCUCAUCCCCCGCUCAGUGUGCGAGGAUGUACUGAUGGAUUUCGACGGUCUGAUCCAGGCACAAACUGGUCUGGGCACAGCUGCCCUCAUCGUCAUGGACAAAACGACGGACAUCAUCAAAGCCAUUGCUCGCCUGAUCGAGUUCUACAAACAUGAAAGUUGUGGCCAGUGCACCCCCUGCAGGGAAGGUGUAGACUGGAUGAACAAAAUGAUGUGGCGGUUUGUGCGUGGAGAUGCAAGGACGUCCGAGAUCGAUAUGAUCUGGGAGAUCAGCAAACAGAUUGAGGGACACACCAUCUGUGCCCUGGGUGAUGGUGCUGCCUGGCCCGUGCAGGGGCUGAUCCGCCACUUCCGGCCCAUCCUGGAGAGUCGCAUUGGAGAGUUCCAUCAGAAAAAGCAGGCAAAAGCUUGACACCCCCCAUCCCCCAUUGUGCCAGUCACUAUUAUUUAAAAAGCAAAAUCAAACUUUCAGUGAAUAUUAACAUGACUUUUCCUGAAGUCUGAAGAACCUUAAAGUCUCUCUGUGUGUGGUUGGUAAGAAUGAGAUAUUAUAAAGGCCAUCGUCUGUGUAACACAGUUUUCAUUGAAGCUAGAAUGAAACUAUAUUAAACCAUGGCACUGUAGAA